AUGGGGAUAGCCAGCAAAGACCCAAUCUGGUGUCCGGACGCACAUGACCAAUAUGAAGAUGCAAACGAUGAUGAUAACGAUAAUGAUGACGACGAAGACGAUGAUGAUGAUGAUAAAGAUUAUGAUGAUGAUUAUGGUGCGGCUGGUUAUGAUUAUGAUGAAGUAACUCUUGAUCUCGAGUGCUUGAAGACAAUCAUGCUUCUCAGCCUUACCUUCGUCAGAUCAUCACCGGAUGACGCAACGGAAAUAACGGUCCACUUUAAAAGAAAGUUGGACGCUCCUUGGAUGUUCUACAGAGAUAUGAACGGCCAAACGGUGAGCAAAUUUUGUUUCUACGCCAAUAUUGCAAUGGAACAUUCUAUUUUUUUGGUUAAAAGGAGUAAUAAUUUCAGUAUUGGAACAUUCUAUUUUAAGUAG